AUGCCAAAGUUGGUCCACGUGAUAGACCUAGAAAGCGGCAACUUGCAAUCGCUAUCCAACGCCAUCAAGAAAAUCGACCCCGCUUACGAGAUCAAUUUUAUUCACAAUGAAGAAGAGUUUUUACAACAGGAUCACCAGAUUGAAAAAUUGAUCUUCCCUGGAGUUGGGAACUAUGGUCAUUUUGCUCAUCAAAUUUAUGCCAGGAACUUGGAUCAGCAUAUCAAGAAAUAUAUUGAACAGGACCGAUGUCUUAUGGGGAUCUGUGUCGGCUUGCAGGCGUUUGCAACUUCUUCCGAGGAGAGCCCACAAGUGCAAGGCUUGGGAGUUAUCGACUUGAAAUUGAAAAAAUUCAACGUGAAUGACCCAGUUUACCAAAAUCAAGGUAUCAAGAAGGCUGUGCCGCACAUUGGAUGGAAUGCAAUUGAGGAGAUUGAAAUGAGCAACGGGGCGGAUCUACCACUGGACCAAUCGUUGUUUAAUUUGAAUUUGCAAAACAAGUAUUAUUUCGUUCAUUCGUACGCUGCCGUAAUAGACCAAGACCAGGAACAAGAAAAACAGAUUGCAAAAUUGCGGGGACAAGGUUGGAAUUUAGCCAUUGCGAGGUACGGACUGGAAAAGUUUGUAGCUGCGAUAAACAAGGGCAAUUUGUUUGCUACGCAAUUCCACCCUGAAAAAUCGGGAAUCGCAGGCGUCAAGAUCAUCAAGAGUUUCCUCCAAGGGGAGAAAUUCUCGACUUUGCACAAGUGCGAUGUGCAGCAGCAGCCACGCAAUAUUGAAAAGACCAUGAGCGGGUUAACUAGGCGUAUCAUUGCCUGUCUAGACGUGCGCACCAACGAUGACGGAGACUUGGUGGUCACCAAAGGUGACCAAUACAACGUGCGGGAAAGCACCGCCUCUUCCACCACCAGCACGGAGUCAACCAGGGUGAGGAACUUGGGGAAGCCCGUUGAGUUAGCCACGAGGUACUAUCUUCAAGGCGCAGACGAAAUCACAUUUCUCAACAUCACCUCUUUCCGAAACUCGCCACUUGAAGAUCUCCCCAUGUUGCAAGUGUUACAAAAGGCCGCCGAGACUAUAUUUGUUCCAUUGACCGUGGGGGGCGGGAUCAAGGAUAUGGUUGACCCCAAGACCAACCAGCUCGUGCCCGCGGUGCAAGUUGCUGACUUGUAUUUCCGGUCAGGUGCAGAUAAAGUCAGUAUCGGGUCAGAUGCCGUGCGUAUCGCGGAGGAAUACUACGCCAAUGACAAGAAAGCCACUGGCUCUUCCGCCAUUGAGACCAUUGCCACCACGUUUGGAAACCAAGCCGUGGUGAUUUCAGUUGACCCUAAACGGAAAUACGUUGCUUCACCCAGCGACACCACGAUGCAAACCAUCGAAAUCACAGAUCCUAAGCGCUAUGGACCAGCAGGCGAGAGGUUUUGCUAUUACCAAGUCACGUCUCAAGGUGGACGCAAGAUUCACGACUUGGGCGCAUUGGAACUAGUCCAAGCUUGUGAAGCACUCGGUGCAGGUGAAAUCUUGUUGAAUUCGAUCGACCACGACGGAUCCAACUCUGGGUUCAAUUUAGAGUUGCUCAAGCAGAUCAAGACUCAAACUAGCAUCCCUGUUAUUGCAAGUUCCGGAGCCGGGAACCCCAAGCAUUUCCAAGAGGUGUUUGAGAUGGAGUGUGCCAUCGAUGCCGCCUUGGGCGCGGGGCUCUUCCAUCGUGGAGAGUACAGCGUUAAUGAGGUCAAGAAGUAUUUACAAGACGAAGCCAAGAUGGAUGUGAGGUUGGACGACUCCGUUGAGUUAUAG